GCCUAGGGCCUGGGGUGUGUCUUGCAGCUGGGGGGUGGGGUUGGAUCUUCUGGGAGUCAGGGAGCCAGCUCCGGACAGGAUGUGAGAGAGGAACUGGGGUCUCCAGUCACGGGAGGCAGCCAGAACUGCAGGCAGGAAGAGAACCAGGCGGCAGUCGCCCUCUCAGCAUGGGGGUGCCCUGGCCUCAGCCCUGGGCACUCGGUCUCCUGCUCUUCCUCCUUCCUCAGACCCGGGGUGCAGAGAAUCAUCUGUCCCUGCUGUACCACCUCACGGCUGUGUCCUCCCCGGCCCCGGGGACUCCCGCCUUCUGGGUGUCAGGUUGGCUGGGCCCCCAGCAGUACCUGAGCUACAGCAGCCUGAGGGCUGAGGCUGAGCCCUGUGGGGCUUGGGUCUGGGAAAACCAGGUGUCGUGGUAUUGGGAGAAGGAGACCACAGACCUGAGAAACAAGGAGAAGCUCUUUCUGGACGCUCUCGCAGCCCUGGGGAGAAAAGGAUCCUACACCCUGCAGGGCCUGUUGGGUUGUGAACUAGGCCCUGACAACGUUUCGGUGCCUACCGCCACGUUUGCCCUGAAUGGUGAGGAAUUCAUGAGGUUCGACCCCAAGAACGGGAACUGGACUGGGGACUGGCCAGAGGCCCAGACCAUCAGUGAGAAGUGGAUGCAGCAAGCUGAGGCGGUCGGGAAGGAGAGGACGUUCCUGCUCAACUCCUGCCCCCAGCGGCUGCUGGGACACCUAGAGAGGGGCCGUGUAAACCUCGAGUGGAAGGGUGAGCCGCCUCCCAAGCCACCAUCCAUGCGCUUGAAGGCCCGGCCCAGCAGCCCUGGCUUUUCCGUGCUCACCUGCAGUGCCUUCUCCUUCUACCCUCCGGAGCUGCAGCUUAGGUUCCUGAGGAAUGGGCUGGCAGCUGGCUCUGGAGAGGGCGGCUUUGGUCCCAAUGGGGAUGGCUCCUUCCAUGCCUGGUCAUCACUCAUCGUCAAAAGUGGCGAUGAGCAUCACUACUGCUGCAUUGUGCAGCAUGCGGGGCUGGCACAGCCCCUCACCGUGGAACUGGAGUCGCCAGCCAAGUCCUCGGUGCCUGUGGUCGGAAUCAUCAUUGGCUUCUUGCUGCUCACGGCAGUGGCUGCAGGAGGAGCUCUGCUGUGGAGGAGGAUGAGGAAUGGGCUGCCAGCCCCUUGGAUCUCUUUCCGUGGGGACGACGUGGGAGCCCUCCUGCCCACUCCAGGCCUGCCCGAGGAUGCGGACUGUCAAGAUAUAAAUUCAUUCCCAGCAACUGCUUGACCACCCC